AUGGCCAACAUCACGUUAAUUGACCCAACCAUCACCUCACCAACAACACAACCGCGAACCAUCUCACAGUCUCGCGCAAAGUCCUCCAGACGGCCACCUAAACACCGACCAGAAGAUAUGUGCCGGGGUCGCGAUGGCCAGACGGCCGAAGGACACACUGUGCGCAAGAACGCUGGUUGCGCCAUUGAUGCGUGUUCAAAGUGUUGUGUGGCGUUCCUUCCACAGGGGAUUUUCUGUGGCAAGCACGAGUCGAUGGCAAAGACUAAAGCUAAGAAACUGAAUAACCAAGCAGCCCAGCCGGUUUUGUCUCAGUUGCCCUUGACUAACAACGAUACAACUCCCAGCGGUGCCGGGACCAAUGCCACUGCGCGUUUAACUCAAGCUGUUCGAAGCUUUUACCGCGAACUCAGUUCACCCGAGUAUGCCAAGUUCCGAAGCAUCUCAAUCCAGAAACAAGCCGAAGAACGUCUCCUUCAAGACCGAAUGAACAUUGCCCGAAAGAAUGUAUCCAUGUUUGUUUGGUCUUCUCUCGACAAGGACCAUACUUCCAAGUGUAGUUUUUGGCGAGUACCUGCCCCUCAAUGGCCAUUGUUGGCACUUCAGGAAAGCGAAGUCUUCACCGCGCUUGUGAAAAAUCAGCUUGGAGAAGACUGGAAUGGCACGUUCCAAGUUUGGAACAAGAACAACUAUGGAUGA